AUGACUAAGCGGCGAGCUCAACGAGAACAGGAAGAAUCCGGCUCUUCGGAGAUGAUGAACUCCCUCCAUUGGUCUCGUAGGGAAAGAGGUGGCGAAGGAAUCGACCCAAGCUUGGGUCAAGAAGGCUUUAAAGCCCAAUCGAAGUGGAGGAGCCGAUGGAAUCGAGGUGGAGCUUCCGCCUCUGAAACGAGGAAAGGAAGAUGUUGGAGCCACCACGAUGUCUUCGGGAAAGAACCCAGGCUUUGUCUCCGAGGCGGAGGCGACGAAGACGACGGCUGGAGAUUCUCAGUCGGCUACGGAGUAAGCAUCGUGGUUCCGUGA